AAACAUGUGCACACAGGAAGUAAUAUGGAAAGAGGAUAAUGCCAAAGAGCAGAAAGCCGACAAAUGAUGUAAAGUUAAUUGUAAGGUGUGUACAUGGCAUUUAUUUAUGCAAACCGUUAUUGUUCACGGUAGUACGAUGCAAUUGCAUGUUUGAGUAUUGCUGUCCUCAUAGUUUUGUUGUUUGUUUUUUCGUCUGAACUUCCGUGUUUGUCAAACAUCAGAUCCUGCUUAGCAAACUGCAAAGAAGAAAACAUGGCUUCGGCCCAACGAAAGCGGACAAUACGAUGUGGUUGGCUGAAGAAGCAAGGAGGAAUGGUGAGAACAUGGCACAGACGAUGGUUCUGUCUGAACAAUGACUUCCUGUUUUAUUUUGCCAAAGAGGAUGACUCACGUCCAUUGGGAUGCAUAUUUCUCCCAGGAAACAGAGUGUCUGAGGUUCCUUUUAACCCCGAUGAACCCGAGAAAUGUUUAUUUGAGAUCAGUGCAGACGUGUCUUUAAUGGAUGACCCAGGGAAAGGGCAAGCAAAGAUAACUCCUAACCAUGAAACAUACAUCUUGUGGGCGGCAAAUGAUGAAGAACGACAAAAAUGGAUCAAAGACAUGAGAAAGGUCAUGUACUCUUCAUUUGGAGGAGCUAUAUUUGGACAAAGUUUAGAAGAAACGAUGGCCUAUGAACACAAACUCAAUAGGAAAAUGCCUUAUAUCAUGGAGCAGUGUGUCAAUUUCUUGACAGAGAAUGGACUAGAUGUAGAAGGCAUUUUUAGAUUACCUGGUCGGAAUUUGCUGAUAAAGGAACUAAAAGAACGAUUUGACUCUGCAGAACGUGUUGUUUUUGAUAUUGAGGAGGUAGAUGUACAUACUGUAGCCUCCUUGUUAAAACUCUAUCUCAGAGAACUACCUCAGUCAGUGAUACCAGCAGAGUACUACCAGAAGUUUAUGAACAUUGCCCUCAGAUUUCAGGGGGCACAGGCACCUGAAGAUAAGCAGAAAGCCAUUGUUGAUUUACAACUCUCCAUAACUGAGAUCCCUUCAGAUAAUUUUAAUGUUUUGUCCUUCUUAUGUAAAUUUUUGGCUCUUGUCGGCAGAAAUUCAGACGUCAACAAGAUGACUGUACUGAAUAUUGCUACAGUGUUUGGACCAAAUAUCAUUCGAAAUGUCUCUGAAGCAGACAGUGCAGAGUUGCUCAUGGCAACAGCUGAUAUUACCCAACAGCUAGUCUUUAUGAUGAUUGAGUACGAAAAAGAAGUGUUUGUGGAAAAACAGUUAGAAGCUGUACCAAUUGGCAACCUAUUGGACCUAGAGACCGAGGACAGCACUAUUGCUCUCAAGCCAACUUCGCUCAAUCUCAUGGACUGCAUCACUAGGGAAUUAUAUGGUACAAAUGUCUCAACAAAUGUUGAGAAUUUUCAAAACCUGGAUUUUAAUCAGUUAUCUUUGGAUCGUGAAUCUAUUUCCCCUGGUGUAGAGGAAAAGCCUGUUCCUCCUGUGAGGAGGAAGAGAGUCAGCAACAGACAUGGCAACAACAGAAGGGUGGUGAUGUCCCAGGUUACAGAUGAACUAGAAACCCAUUUUCCAGUCGACCAAGAAUCAGAACCUGUGAUUCCAGAGUCAAAAUCUACAGAGUCAGAGUUACCUAAUGGCCAGUCAGGGGAGGAAAUCCCUGAACAAGAGGAGGAUGUUAACACCAAGUGUCAUCGUUUAGAAAGGGAAAAUAAGUAUCUGCAGGAGACUAGUGUGAAGCAGGGAGUGAAGAUAAAUGAAAUGCAAAUGAAAAUAACAAGACUUGAAAGGUACAUCAAGGAACUGACAACAAGUAACUCAGUUAUUGUACAAAGAUAUGAGACCAGAAUUUCUACCAUGGACAAUGCCCAUAGAACUUCUGUGAAAACACUCCAAGACAAAUUGGCUGCCGAGAAGAAAUCCACAGAUGAAGCAGUCAAGCGUGUCAUGAUUUUGCAGUCUCAGCUUCAGCAUUAUAACUUGAAGUUUGGUGAACUACCCGAUUAAUUUUCGGAAAGUGAACCAUUGAGUUGGGGUGGAAUUACAGUUAACAAAACUUUGUAGUGUAGCCAGUGAAUUACUGUACAGUGUUUGCAUAGAAAACAAAAAAGUGAAUGUUAUGUAGCCCCUAACUACAUGCAAAUCUGCUUUAUGAUGGAACUCCAUCACCAAUAUCUAUAUUUUAGAUUAAAGUAACAGUUGUUGGGCCUAACAUUGUACUAAAUUUUGCUUGGGUUGACAUUUGCAUUUUUUCUUUAAAAAUCUUGCAAAUCUAUGGUGUGGAACUUUAUACCUGGCAUAUAUAAGGUUCUUUAUUUACUAUUUUCCUUCUGUGAUGAAUCAGUUUAUGACAAAAUAAAAUUUAUUUUAUUUUUUUCUAGAAAUUUUAAGAAUAUGCCCCUCUGUAUAGCCUAUUUUUACUGUCUCCUGCUCUGUAGUGUAUCUGAGAAUGGCAUUACAACAUUACAAACAUACUUUGACCAUUACUUUAUCUCCUGUUUAUAAACAGGAUGGUGCACACUAUUAGUACAUGUAUUUCUUUGUUCAUACUAUCAGUAGUAUUUGUAAUCACAAAUGAAAGUAGGUCCAUAUAAUAUCCAUGAUGUUCACAAAUCAAAGUCCAGAUAUUGUUCUAUGUAAUAUAUGCAAUCAUGAUAUAAUUUUCUGUGUCAUUGAUGACCCUGCAAAUGAGAUUACGUAUCCCAGUACAUGUGUACUGGAUAUCAAAUCUCCACAUGUAACCAACCUUUUUCUUAUCAUGCUAAAUUUUUGUUUGUAUUCUGUUUUACAAGUUCUUAUUUCACACAAAAUUUUAAAUAUCUGAGCCACCAGAACACUCGAGAAAUCACUCAUGAUAUGUAUACCAAUUACGGUACACAACUUACUAACUAUGUAAAAUUUUAUACUAGUAAACAGAAAUAAUUAACAUGUACUAAUAUUGCAAUAUAUAUUUAUUUAUUGUAAAACUCUUUCUGCUCCAGUUUAUGUACUAUACAUGUUUAUUGAAGGACUUCUCAGCAAUUUAUAAAUUGAAGUUUCUUCAAGGAAUCACUUUCUUUUCUCUUACGUUUUGCUCAUAAUACUCCUUAUAGAACAAAUAUACUUUUGUUUACUUUUCUGACAAUAGCAAUAUCAACUGCAAUAUCCUUGCCAUUGUAGCAAGACAAGAUAUUUAAGUACAACAUUCAUCAAGUAUAUGUUGUUAUAUUAUCAAUCUAAUCUACUGUAAGUGCCAAUUCAAGUCACUUGAUUUACUCCAGUGACACAUUGUGACCUGUUCCUGUUUGUUGUGCAGUGUGUGUCAUCCAUCAUCUUUGAACAUUUUUUUUUUUUGGAAACUUCUCAACCAAUUUAAAUUUGUAGUAUCUAUGGAUGUAGUAGAACAAAAAUUGUUACUCUCAAGGUUCAUGCCCCCUGAGGAUCGAGGCCGAUACAUGUACUUCCAAUAGUAGUGUUGUGCAUGUUUAUCUUUAAAGAUCUUCCAUAUUCCACACAUCUAGAAAGCAGACCGAGUGCAUAAAUACAAUCACAAGGGCUAAGCCAGUUUGGACCCGCACUCUGUGAUACUAUAUAUAUAUUUAUGGUAUCACAAAGUUCGGGCCCAAACGGGCUUAACCCCUGUGAAUACAAUGAACAAGGAAGUCUCUACCGAAACCAUGAAAUUAAUAGCCCCUGGAUGAGAAGUUCAAACCUUAAAGUAGGGCUAGAAAUUAGUCACAUUGUAAAAUUGCAUUUUAAUAAAAUCUUCUCCAUUUCUGAACAUGUAACAUAUUCAAACUUGGAUUCUUAAACAUGUAACAUUCAAACUAGGUGUGUAUAGUGAUAAUUAGCAGAAACAAAACACCAAAAUUGUGAAAUUCUUGAUCCCCUGAGGGGAUUCAGGCUAUAAGGUGGUAAAUAAAUUAGUCAUAUAAUGAAAAUGCAUUUUUUUAAAUAUUUAAAUUAAAAGUAUUUUACUGGUGAAUAUGAAGCAAACUAGAUGAAUAGUUUUCAUGAGCAAAAAGGAUUUGACAAGAACAGAAAUUCAUGGUACAAGUGUCAGGAGUUUGGCCCCUUGGGUUGGGUUGGGUUACGGUAUAUUGGUCACUUCUUGUAAAUGCAUUUAAAAUCUUUACAAGAAAUCUUAUUUACUCCUAGACAUGCAGCAUUCAGAGUGGGUGUGUAAUAACUAAGUGUAUUUCUCCUGUGUAUGUGGUAAAUCUUAAAGUUUCUUAAUAUUAAUGUUAUGAAGUGAUUUAGAAUGAUUAUCAAUCAAAGCGAACACAACAAGCUUAUUCAGUUAUCUUGGGGAUGGGAUGAAAAAUGAGAUGGGGUCACAACAUGCAAUUUAGAAUUGUUGGAAAUUUUUAUGGGAAAAAGAAUACUGAUAUUUCAAAGAAUAUCGCCUUUGACUGAAAUGAAAAUGUGGUCCUGUAGUUGCUAGAUGAAAGGCCCUCUUAGUGCUUGUACCAAGAGCAACGUACUUAUAUAAGUUGAGUUUCUUGUGGUAUGGUACUCAGGUAACCGUUUAGGCCCAUGAACCUGUUACAUGUAACAGGUGCUAAGGUCGUGUUAUGUAUAUGCUACAGAAGCAUACUAGCACUAGAACAAUUUAUCUACUUUUCUGUUCAACUGAUUUUUCUCCACUCUGUUGAUUCUUCAAGUUUAAACUUUUUCACAAUCACAAUCAAUUUUUGUGCUCAAGACUUUGGUUUUCAUAAGCUAAUGUGAUGUUGAUUUACUUGUGACUUUUUGUCUGUGCAAUUGUCUUUGCAAUUUUUCUUUGGCUGUUACAUUAUUUGACUUUGGUGCUGAUACUUAUUAACAUUAUUUCUUUUCUUGUUAUCAAAACGAUUUUGAUUAAAGUCGAUAAAAUAUGAGAA